AUGGCCGUCGCUGAGAAGGCCCGCUUCUACUUGGAGCGUUCCGUUCCCCAGUUGCGCGAAUGGGAGGAAAAGGAAAUAUUCACAAAGGAUGAGAUCCGCACAAUCGUUCAGAAGCGAAGUGACUUCGAGCAUCGCGUCCUCGCCCCCCGCUCCAACCCCGACGACUUCAGCGCCUACGCCAAGUGGGAGCAGUCCCUCGAUGCCCUCCGCUCCAAGCGCUGCAAGCGCAUGAAGAUCGGCCACGUCGCCUCCCAGCACGCCACCCAGGCCCGCGUCCUCGCCAUCUACGAACGCGCUGUCACCCGCCACCCUGGCCACAAGGACCUCUGGCUCCAGUACCUCGCCUAUACCGCCGAAGUCAAGGCCACCAAGCGCUGGCGCCGCACCAUGGCCAGCGCCCUGCGCAUGAUGCCCACCGACCCCAACCUCUGGAUCUUCGCCGGCCGCCGCUCUGCCUCCAACGGCGACAUGGGCGGCGCCCGGGGCUACUUCAUGCGCGGCUGCCGCUUCUGCACCACCGAGGGUACCCUGUGGGUCGAGUACGCCCGCUGCGAGAUGGAAUGGCUGGCCAAGAUGGAGGCCAAGAAGGGCCCCGGCGGCAGCAAGAAGAAGGCCAAGCAGGAGAACCCCCUGGCCGGCGAGAAGAUGGACGACGACGACGAGAUCAAGUUCCACGACGACGACGACGAUGAGCAGGACGACAACGACGACGACGCUUUGAGGUUGCCGGCGUUGGCCAAGGACAAGGUCAUAAACGACGAUGAGAGCAAAGCGCUCAAGAACAACCCGGCCCUCGAUGGCGCCAUACCCAUCGCCAUCUUCGACAUCGCCCGGAAGCAGCCCUUCUUCGGCCCCGAGGUCGCCGAGCGCUUCUUCGACAUGUUCGCCUCCUUCGCCAAGGUCUCGUCCGCGACAAAGAUCGUCGCGCACGUCGCCGACGUCCUGCGCAACCUCGACCCCGCCCACCCCGCCACCUGGAACUGCUACAUCCGCCUGCCCCUGGUCGGCGUCAGCCCCGACACGCCCCAAUUCCCCCUCGGCCUGCGCGACGUCUUGUCCCGCCUGGGCCAGGGCCUGGACCAGACCUCGGACAAGGCCUCGCUGCGGAGGAAGUCUCUGGUGUGGAUCGAGCUGAUCCUGCUCGUCAAGGACCUCGACGAGGGCAUCAGGACCGUGUUGGAGCAUACCAAGGGAAAGUUGCAGUCAUAG